AUGUCGAGCUGGCUCAGGCGCCGGUCUCGCGCCGAGUCGCCCAGGCCAGACGCAGACGAUGAGCGAGCACCUCUGCUGGACCGCUCGGCCGAGGCACCGCUACCAAGAGCGACCCCUUUGCCCAUCAAGCAAGUCGCCGUCCUGUGCUUGAUGCGCUUCGGCGAACCCAUCGCCUUUUCCCUCAUCUUCCCGUUCGUCGCCCAAGCCGUCGUCGACACGGGCAUCACCAACGACCCGCGCAAGAUUGGCUACUACGCCGGCAUUAUCGAAUCGCUGUUCGCGUUCACCACGUUCUCGACCGUCCUCGCCUGGGGCCGUCUUAGCGACCGCAUCGGUCGCAAGCCCGUCCUCAUCAUCGGCCUCACGGGCGUCACGCUCUCGAUCGUCUCGUUCGGCUUGAGCAAGUCGUUCGCGGGCCUCGUCGUCUCGCGCUGCAUGGGCGGCGCGCUCAACGGCAACGUCGCCGUCAUCAAGUCGGUUCUCGGCGAGAUCACGGACGAGUCGAACCAGGGCCGCGCCUUCUCGUUCCUCCCGCUCGCCUGGUCCCUCGGCAGCGUCAUCGGCCCGCUCCUCGGCGGCUACCUGUCGCACCCGGCCGACAACUUCCCUGCGCUCUUCGGCGGGUCGGCCUUCCUGCGCGCCAACCCGUACGCGCUGCCGUGCUUCAUCGGCGCCCUCUUCCCCUUCCUCGGCGCCGUCGUCGGCUUCUUCUUCCUCGACGAGACCCUCUCGCCCUCGUCGACCGCUCCUGCACCGGCCAAAGCCGCCACAGCCACCGUCGUCCCCGUCUCGGCCGCCGAGCCCGACCUCGACCGCGCCCGCCGCAAAAGCACCUCGCGGCACGGCCGGUUCGUCGCCGCGACGUCGACGACGCUCCCUGCGCCGCACGAGCAGCAGCGCCGCCUCGAGGAGGCAGAUGACGGGACCGACAGCGGGUACUCGACGCCGGCGCGCGAGGCGAGCGCGGCGAGGGCGGCGGCAGGAGCGGGUGCGGGCGAGGGCGCCGAGGAGCUGGGCGCGGCGAGGAGGUCGAGGAGUGCGCCCGGGUUCAAGGAGCUGUUCACGAGGAGGGUGUGCGCGGCGCUCGUCACCUAUUCGAUGCUCGCCCUCGAGACGGUCGCACUCGAUGCCCUCCUCAUCCUCUUCUGCUACUCGCCCGUCUCGAUCGGUGGCCUCGGCUUCCACGAAGCCGACAUCGGCACCGCCCUCGCGCUCUCGGGCCUCUCGGCGGUCGGGUUCCAGGUCAUCGCGUUCCCGCCCUUGCAGCGUCGAGCGGGCACGGUCCCGCUGUACCGCGCCCUCAUGAGCCUGUGGCCCGUCGUCUUUACCCUGUUCCCUGUCAUGGGCUGGUGCGCGAGGCAGAGGGGGAGGAGCGCCGUGUGGGCCGUCAUGGUCGUCUUCCUCGGGCUCAAGAGCUUCGCCAACAUGGCAUAUGCGACCAACAUGAUCACGAUCACGGAUUCGGCGCCGUCGAAACGGCUUCUCGGCACGCUCAACGGCGUCGCCCAGAUGUGCAGCUCACUCAUGCGCUCGAUCGGGCCAGCGAGCGCAUCUGCCCUGUUCGCCCUCGGCGUCUCGCACGACCUCCUCGGCGGCCAGUUUGUCUUCCUCGUCAUGGUCUUGCUCAGCGUCGGUGGCGCGCUCAGCACGCUCGCGCUGCACGAGGGUGGGCGAGCGAGUGCGGGCGAGGACGAGGGCGAGGCGGACGGCUCUCGAGGGUAGACGGACACUGGAACGAGAAGCGGCUCGAGCGC